AUCUCUUCCUUCAUUAAAAAAAAAACUACAAUAGUCGAAUCAAUCAGAUCUCGCCAUGGCUGCUGAAGAAUUCCAAGAGUCCGAGGUUAUAUUUCCCGACAACACAAGCGACAUUCACGCCACACAUCAUCGACAACACGAUGGCGGCGACAACUUCGAUCACCGAGCAGGAUUCUCCAGAAACGGCAGCGUUUCACGUAGGAAAAACACUGAGAUUACAAAGAAGAAGGUAACUAUCGGUUCUCGUCCCGUCAAUAUUCCACGUCAUCAUCGCGACAGUGUUUUUCACUGCGGCGGAGAUUUUGAGGAAGACGACAACGAAGAAGGAGAAAUAGUGCCGCCGUACGUAAUAUUGGGGAGGAGAAUCGCCGGAAAAAUGGCGUUUUCCGUUUGUACGGGCAAGGGAAGGACGCUCAAGGGAAGAUAUUUGAGUGAAGUUCGGAAUUCGAUUCUUAGAAUGACGGGAUUUUUGGAACCAUAAUCAAAUCAUAUUCUUCCGUUUUCUCUUUUGAUUCUUAAAUUAUUCAUUGUGGCAGAGGAGAAUUGGAUUAAUUACAGUAACACAAAAUCAACACGUUUCUCUUU